AUGUCUAAUCUUGCACCAUCUGGAACGCUUAUUAAUCUUUGGUGUAUCGUUCGUGAAAAUCGUUCUAUUUUCAAAAUCACUAUCGGAUCGGGUAACGAUCUUGACGACCUUAGAAAAGUUAUCAAGGAGGAGAGGAAGCCACGUUUUAAUGAUUUUGCACCCGACGAACUAGUUCUAUGGAGGGUCAAUGUUGCUUCGAGUAUACUUAGGAAUAAAGAAAAUGCUAUUGAACCCUACUUAAACGAAAAAUUAGAAGAGCCAGCUGAUACGGUUGGAAAUACAUUUCAAAACGUUGUAGGAAAUAAUAUUCGAGUUAUUGUUGAUGUUCCCGUUACUG